AUGGAAGCUAUGGUCAAUGAAUGUGAAGACAACUUUGUUGAUGUGCCACAUUCUAAGCCUGAUGUGCCAAUGAAACUUGGGUUGGAAUUUGAUUAUGAUGAUGAAUCAUUUCCAUAUUACAAUGAGAGUGCUGGAGCCAUUGGUUUUAGUAUUCGGAAGGAGCAUGCCUUAAAAAUAUUUGAUGUUAUGAAUAUAAAAGAGACUAUCCCAAGCCAUUACAUCUUGAAAAGAUGGACAAAGGUUGCUACUGUUAUAAAUCCAAUUGAAAUAACCAAAGACAAGGAAGAUGAUCCAGUCUUGGAAGCCACCAAAAGGUAUAGACAUUUAUGUCCGACUUUUGUUUGA